ACAUUAUUAAUAUUGUUAUGUAGUGUAAUAGUAGUAGCUACAGGUCAAUCAUUGACUAGUAGUGAGAUUGAUAGCAUUGUUUAUACACAUAAUAAGUUUAGAAAGGAGGCUGGUCUGGUAUAUGGUCCAACUCCAUCAUCACCUCUAAAUGAAAUAAGAUGGAGUGAUCAAAUUGCCAAUAAGAUGCAAUCAUUCGUAUCAUCAUGUAAUUAUAACACAGUACCAGAUCGUUCAUUCUCAUCUUAUGGAUAUGCUUCAUUCCGUAUCUAUCCACCUUUCCAACCUGGACUAGAUUUAGAACGUACUUAUAAUAAAUCAGCUCCACUCUAUGAUUGGAACACAAAGAAAUGUAUAAAUAAUUCAUGUUGCUACAUGUAUCCAACUGUACCACAGACCAUCAAUGGAGUGCUGGAUUGGAGGACCUCAAACAUUGUCACACCUGUGAAGGAUCAAGGACAGUGUGGCUCUUGUUGGACAUUCGCAUCAACUGCCGCUUUGGAGAGUGCCUACCUGUUGUCAAAUUCUGCCACUUCAACCAUCAACUUGGCUGAGCAACACUUCUUGGACUGCACCUACAGACGUGAUGGUUGUGGUGGUGGCAAUGCCUACGAUGCCUACACCAACCUCAAGCCAACUGGACUGAUGUACACUGCAAACUACCCAUACAAGGCUAGAUACCAAGGAUGUCCAAGUUCAGUCACUGGAUCAACUGUCAAGUGGACUGGUGUCAAAUCUGUUAAGAAUGAUAAACAAUCAUUUCUUGACGCUCUUCAGAAAGGACCUAUUGCCGCAUCACUCUACGUUGACUCUGGAUUCAUGAACUACAAGAGUGGAGUGUACCGAUGUUCAAUGUCCUCCCAACCCAACCAUGGUGUUACAAUUGUUGGUUAUGAUUCAAACACUGAUGCAUGGAUAAUCAAGAAGUAUGUA